UAGGUCCGGGACAGAGAGCGUUCGCGUUCCGAAAGCGCUUGUCCCUCGCGGCGCCCCGUCGCCCCGCCGCCGCCGCGACUCGCGGAGCCGGAGGAGGCGGAGCAGGCGCUGUCCCGGCUCUUGAGCAGGGUAGCUGCUGAGGAGGUGGUGCGGCGGGCCCGGGAGGCCGAGGUUCGGGCGGGGCGGUGGGAGAGGCUCGCAGGCGGCGCCGGCAGCGUGGGGAGAGUGGCGCCGCGGGCUGGGCGCUCCGGGCGAGAGGAGUCCGCUCCAUGCGUGCGGGCCGAGGCCGGCCCCUGCGAGCCGCAGACAUGAAGAAAGACGUGCGGAUCCUCCUGGUGGGAGAACCUAGAGUUGGGAAGACAUCACUGAUUAUGUCUCUGGUCAGUGAAGAAUUCCCAGAAGAGGUUCCUCCCCGGGCAGAAGAAAUCACCAUUCCAGCUGACGUCACCCCUGAGAGAGUUCCAACGCACAUUGUAGAUUACUCAGAAGCAGAACAGAGUGAUGAACAACUUCAUCAAGAAAUAUCACAGGCUAACGUUAUCUGCAUAGUUUAUGCUGUUAACAACAAGCAUUCUAUUGAUAAGGUAACAAGUCGAUGGAUUCCUCUCAUAAAUGAAAGAACAGACAAAGACAGCAGGCUGCCUUUGAUAUUGGUUGGGAACAAAUCUGAUCUGGUGGAAUACAGUAGUAUGGAGACCAUCCUUCCUAUUAUGAACCAGUACACAGAAAUAGAAACCUGUGUGGAGUGUUCAGCAAAAAAUCUGAAGAACAUAUCGGAGCUCUUCUAUUAUGCACAGAAAGCUGUUCUUCAUCCUACAGGGCCCCUGUACUGCCCAGAGGAGAAAGAGAUGAAACCAGCCUGUAUAAAAGCCCUUACUCGUAUAUUUAAAAUAUCUGAUCAAGAUAAUGAUGGUACUCUCAAUGAUGCUGAACUCAACUUCUUUCAGAGAAUUUGUUUCAACACUCCGUUAGCUCCUCAAGCUCUAGAAGAUGUCAAAAAUGUAGUCAGAAAACAUAUAAGUGAUGGUGUGGCUGAUAGUGGAUUGACACUGAAAGGUUUUCUUUUUUUACACACACUUUUUAUUCAGAGAGGGAGACAUGAAACUACUUGGACUGUGCUUCGACGAUUUGGUUAUGAUGACGAUCUGGAUUUGACACCUGAAUAUUUAUUUCCCUUGCUAAAAAUACCUCCUGAUUGCACUACUGAAUUAAAUCAUCACGCAUAUUUGUUUCUCCAAAGUACUUUUGACAAGCAUGAUUUGGAUAGAGACUGUGCUUUGUCACCUGAUGAGCUUAAAGAUUUGUUUAAAGUUUUCCCUUACAUACCUUGGGGGCCAGAUGUGAAUAACACAGUUUGUACGAAUGAAAAAGGCUGGAUAACCUACCAGGGAUUCCUUUCCCAGUGGACGCUCACGACCUAUUUAGAUGUGCAGCGAUGCCUGGAGUAUUUGGGUUAUCUAGGCUAUUCAAUAUUGACUGAGCAAGAGUCUCAAGCUUCAGCCAUCACAGUAACAAGAGAUAAAAAGAUAGACCUUCAGAAAAAACAGACUCAAAGAAAUGUGUUCCGAUGUAAUGUAAUUGGGAUGAAAAACUGUGGGAAAAGUGGAGUUCUUCAGGCUCUUCUUGGAAGAAACUUAAUGAGGCAGAAGAAAAUUCGUGAUGACCAUAAAUCAUACUAUGCAAUUAACACUGUUUAUGUAUACGGACAAGAGAAAUACUUGUUGUUGCAUGAUAUCUCAGAAUCGGAAUUUCUAACUGAGGCUGAGAUCCUUUGUGAUGUUGUGUGCCUGGUAUAUGAUGUCAGUAACCCUAAAUCCUUUGAAUACUGUGCCAGGAUUUUUAAGCAACACUUUAUGGACAGCAGAAUACCUUGCUUAAUCGUAGCUGCAAAGUCAGACCUGCAUGAAGUCAGACAAGAAUAUAGCAUUUCACCUACUGAUUUCUGCAGGAAACACAAAAUGCCUCCACCACAAGCCUUCACUUGCAAUACUGCUGAUGCACCCAGUAAAGACAUCUUUGUUAAAUUGACAACAAUGGCCAUGUACCCAGAGGAUCAUUACAGAGACAGACUCUCCCGAGACAUGGGCAACACUGAUAGAAUAGAGAAUUUGAGAAAAAUCUGGGUCUUUCUAAAAACUGCUUUAUCUGUACAUCACCUCUGUCAGAGGAAGGCACCAAAGAGAAGGUAUACUGCUGAGCCAGUCCUGAUUGAAAGGAGAACUUUUCUGACCUGAGGGAAGGCAACUGAAUAAUGACUAGCAGAGGAGACACAGAGGUAAGUGCUCAAACUCUGUAUAGGGCAUAAACCUUUCCUAAACAGACCCUCACAAUGCAACUGGUGUUAACUUUGAUGCCCCUUUUGUCUCAAUUGUACUAGUAAACAUCAGUGUAAAAGUGUCUUUAAAAUACAUGUGCAAAUCUUAGAAAUGAAUAUGUGACCUAAUUUUCAUUAGCACAUUCAUUUGGCAUCAUCCUCGAAUUUUUAAUAGUCCAUGUGAUUUUAGGAAGCUGAUUCGGGACUAGAUGCUUUUUGAGAAAUACCCCAUGUCAAGAUUCUAAAUUUAUUUAAUGUUUGUAGUAUGAGAAUGCUCCAUGCAGGUAGCCUGAACCAAAAACCUUGAUCCCCAGAUUCACAGUCCCAAUAACCCAUUUGUUAAAACCUCUAAUCUUACAAGUACUUCUUGUCUUUUAAACUCUAUUUAUCAAAAGGCUCCAUCAGUAACAGUGAAUGUCUGUUAACCUGUUUGGCUCUCAGCUCUUUGGAAGUCUCUGACCUGUGAGUAUCACAGUUACUGUGUCUCAGAUCUCUCUAGUGCAUCCCCAAUUCAAAAACUAUGUCCCCUUGCCUCCCGUGGCAUGCUUACACUUGUCAUACCAUUUGUCUCAGUUAUUUUUGGUUCAGAAAGCACAGACACCUUACUAAAAGGUGAGAUUUUGACAUCAUUAGGAAACUUCCUAACUUCGUAGUGCCAUUCUGCUUCCUAGCUGUAUUUUCCAGUGAUAAUGUUUUACUCUGUCGUUUUCUCUUCUCCUUUAGCAUAGAGAGCUGCAGAAAGACAGUAAAAUUGAGAGAUUGUCAUUCCUUCUGGGUUUGAAAGCUGCAUGUCAGAUACACACAAACAAGGAGGCCUUGCCAGUAUUAUCCUCAUCUGUUGAAAAAUUCAAGUUCUGUACGAACACUUUUCCUCUUUCAGUAUUUUCCUAUUCAUACUUUACCCAUGUCUUUUAUGAUCUAAAUAACCCUUGGAAGUGUUUGUUAUUAAAAUGACAUGGGUAUAUAGGCUGUGGUGUAACUUAGGGGUCGCAAACUUUUUCUGUAAAAGGUCAGAUAGUAAAUAUUCGAGAUUUUUGCAGCUGCUCAACUAUGUCAUAGCAAGAAAGUAGCCACAGACAUUACAUAAACAAAUGAGCAUGACUGCAUCCCAAUAAAACUUUAUUUAUAGGCACCGAAAUUUGAAUUUUGCAUAAUUUUCACUUGUCAAAAAAUAUUCUUACUUUGAUUAUUGUAACCACUUAAAAAUGUAGAAACUAUUCUUGGCUCAUGGACUGUAGAAAAACAGGCUGUGGGCCAGAUUUGGCCAACUCCUUGGUGUAAUUGAUGAAAGUACUAGUAGUAAAUGCAUAGCAGGUUAAAAAAAUUUACCUGAUUGUUUCGGAAUUUGAAAAGGUACAGUACUAGGAAGAACUUAAAACGACUGUAGUCAUGUUUUAUUUAUAGGGAAACCAAGAUUGGACCUGCAGAAAGUGUUUGAUUUCUUUCACUCUUACUGAUGGUCCUGUUGUUCACCAUAACAUGGUGCUCUGGCUGAGCUGGCGCCCACCUCGCAGCAUGGCACUCAGAAGGUAAAGGGAGCAUCAAUUCCACUUCCUCUGAGCACUCAUCUGGAGCUGUUCUUUUGAUACUUGAUCCAUGUUUGCUUUCCCUUUGUCCAUUUGCGUAAUUGACAUAGGUGGAAGGUAAAGGAAUCCCACAAGAAUGUUUCGUUUGAACUCUAGUUAUCUGGGGACUGUCCCCUUGUGUGCCUGACAGUGUGAUAAUGCUUCUUAUUUCUUUAGAUUUGAAAGUCAAAAUAUCAGAGCUUAAAUAGACCACAAAGACCAUCUGUCCAACUCUGUACAUUUAUAGCAUAAACUGAGCACAAAGCCAUACAAUUAGUGUGUGCCUGGGCUAGGACUAGAUGUCCUGAUUCCCAGUUCGGCACUCCUUCCACUGUAGGAGCCAGCCUUAACAACUUGCCUUGAUUUUAUACCUUUAGUAAAUAUGCUGUAUGUUCAGUUUAAAAACGCAGGCAAGAAAAAGAGGAGAGAGAGAGAAAGAAAAAAAUAAACCAAUAAAGAGUUUGACAUUUCUAUUACUAAGAAAGGUUAAAGUUGGCAAAGCAAAUUUUCUGGAUGCUUUUCAGUUCCUCCGAGGCAUUUUGCCUUCCCUUCUUGUAGCUGUCACCAGGCAAUUGAUGAUGUCUAUUUAGAGGAGUGCAGGCUUGGCGGUUAGGUUUAUUUCAGGUACAGAUAAUUGAGGGAAGGUAAGGAUGUGUAACUACUCUUUUAAAAGCAUUCUUUGUGGGUUUUGUUUAAUUGUUCUAAAAUUGUUAAUUUUGAAAAAAUUACUGUUUUGCUUUUUAUAAAUGGAAGAGUAUCUUGGAACAGGGGCUUUAAUGGAGGGGAACCUCCUUAGGCUAAAGUUUUGUCAUUAACUGUUUUUAUCUCUACUUUUCCAGUCUGCCUCUGGGAUUUCUAUAAUUCCAGCCUCUGUUAUCCCAGCUUGUUCUGUAUAUGGUCUAGAAGAGCAUCAGGACCUCAGUGUGUCUUCAUAUAUUCUCUUACUCUUUCUACUGAUUCCCUCUAGGAUCUUUUACUUUCCCCCCAGAUUCUUAAAGUGCGGUCACAACACCUGGGAACUUGUAAGGAAUACAGUUAUCAGGUCCCACCCCAGACCUAGUGAAUCAGAAACUUGAAGGUUGGGGCCCAGCAAAAUCUGUGUUAACCACUCACGGCCCCAUCCCAUGAUUCUGCUAAAGUUUGAGAACCACUGCACUAGAUACUGAGGAGGUAGAAGUAGUUCAAUCCAAUGGCUUUGCCCUCAAAGAGGUUAUAGUCUGUUUGGAUAACUAAGUUAACAGUGGUUAAAUUUUUUUAAAGACAAUUUAAUUAUGUGUAAGUAUAAUUUUAAUUAAAAAAGGGAAUAAACUUAACAUCUUCCCUUUCCUCUUAUGAUAAAAUUCAAAUCCUAAGGUAGUUUACAAAGCCCUGAAGACCUGGCCCCAGACCUUCUUUGCAGCCAAAUGUACACUGUCCCACGUGACUACCCUCUAGGCAAAGAGAUCAUCUUUCGGCUCUAAGAAUGCACCUUGCUCUCUGUGGAGUGCUUUGCCAGAUGCUCCCUCCAUCUAAAACCCUGUCCUCCCAGCUUCUCAUCUUUUGGGUCCCAGAGGGUCAAGGCCAGGAUGCCAGUGUCCAGGAGCUGAGUCUUGGUGUUUAAGAUACAUGUGUCCACUUCAUCCUCCUGUUCGCGGCAUUGACACCCCUGCCCUCACCUGUGCUUUGUCCAGUUAGUCUCUUUUACCCUCUCUAAAGAUUCCGUUAAAGGGGUUUAAGCAGGGGAGUGAUGUACUAGGCAGGUCUUGACAAAUUGCCUGUUCCCCUGUCCCUGGGGAACUGAACCUGGGGUAGCUGACCAGUCUCCGUCCUGCCGUAUUGGCAGUGAACUGAGUCCCAAAUCUUUGCACCGCAGCCCUCCCAGCCCCCCACUAUUGUGUGCCUACCUAACCUUAAAGUACCCAGGGGGAUACAUGUCAACCUGCUUGUGUCUAACUUAAUUUUCUUGAUUUAUCCAACCCUUUCUUUUUUUUUUUUUUUUAAAUUUCUUAGUUGCUCUGCAACAUGUGGGAUCUUCCCGGACCAGGGCUCGAACCCGUGUCCCCUGCACUGGCAGGCGGAUUCCUAACAACUGUGCCACCAGGGAAGUCCUGCAACCCUUUCUUAAGAAGCAACUUUACUCAGUCACUGUAGCCCUUGUGGAAACACUGACUAGCAGCCCUGGAAACGAAAGGAUCUUUAGGUGGUAUUGGCAAUUCACUAGGUUGCUGGGGGAGGAGUAGAAAAGCAUGGACUUAAGAGCUAAAAUUUUGAAUCCCAACUUUGCCACAUUCAUUGUGCAAACGACUUGAUUUUCUGGUUCUGUUUCCUCUCUCUAAAAUGAAGAUUAGGAUCACUGUGCACAUUCACUAAGAUCCGUCCCUGGUGGUAUUUCAUCUUCCUCCUUCCCCAGGAGAAUAGAUCUUCAUCCCCACAGCAAGCACCACUGGGGGGCAAGGCUCUGCCCCUCCUAUGCUUGGGUGGCAGCCAGAUUUUUUUUUCUACAUGUAUCUGACAAAUGUCUUGAUUAAGUUCUCUUGAGUAUUGGGGCCAGUAAGAUGUCCCUCACCCCUGUUGUCUUGGCAGGCGGCACAAAUAGCUGACUUGCCUAUCUUGCUGGCUACUUUCUCUUUCUCAGUCUCUUGCUGACUCUUCAACCUGUCUUCAACCUUUAAAGUGUUAGCAUAUCCCAGGGUUCUGUCCUGAGUUUCCUUAUCCUCUCUGCCUAUACUGUCUCUAGGUGAUCUCAUCAAGUGCCCUGAUUUUAUUUUUCUAAAUUUUUAUUUUGGAAUAAUUUGAAACAUUUUAAAAGUUGUAAAAAUAAUAGGGUUUGUCUAUUCUGGGCAUUUCAUAUAAAUGGAGUCAUACAAUAUGUGGUCUUUUGUGACUGGCUUCUUUUUAGCAUAAUGUUUUCAGGGUUCAUCCACAUUGUAGCAUGUGUCAGUACUUCAUUCCUUUUUUUUUUAGAGAGGGGGCUGAAUAAUAUUUCAUUGUAUGGCUAUACAGGCAGACCACGAUGAUACUGUAUUGUGAGUUUGGUACCAGACCACCACAACAAAGUAAAUACUGCAAUAAAGUGAGUCACUUGAACUUUUUGGUUUCCCAGUGCAUAUAAAAGCUAUGUUUACGCUAUAGUCUAGUCCAUUAAGUGUGUAAUAGCAUUAUGUCUAAAAAAACAACGUGUGUACCUUAAUUUAAAAAUACUUUAUUACUGAAAAAUGCUAACCAUAAUCUGAGCCUUCAGUGAGUCGUAAUCUUUUUGCUGGUGGAGGGUCUUGCCUUGAUGUUGAUGGCUGCUGGCUGCUGGCUGAUCAGGGUGUUGGCUGCUGAAGGCGGAGGGGGUGGGGCUGUGACAAUUUCUUAAAACAAAACAAUGAUGUUUGCCACAUCAGUUGACUUUUCCUUUCACAAAUGAUUUCUCUGUAGCAGGCAAUGCUGUUUAAUAGCAUUUUACCCACCAUAGGACUUCUUUCAAAAUUGGCAUCAAUCUUCUCAAACCCUGCCAUUGCUUUAUCAACUAAGUUUAUGUAAUAUUCUAAAUCCUUUGUUGUCAUUUCAACAGUCUUCACAGCAUCUUCACCAGGAGUAGGUUCCAUCUAAAGAAACCACUUUCUUUGCUCAUCCAUGAGAAGCAGCUUCUCGCCCAUGAGAGUUUUUUCAUGGGAUUGCAGCAAUUCAUCACAUCUUCAGGCUCCACUUCUAAUUCUAGUUCUCUUGGUGUUCCUACCAUAUCUGCAGUUACCUCCUCCCCUGAAGUCUUGAACCUCUCAAGGUCAUCCAUAAGGGCUGGAAUAAACUUCUAAAUUUCUGUUAAUGUUGAUAUUUUGACCCUUUCCCAUUAAUCGUGAAUGUUCUUAGUGGCAUCUAGAAUCCUUUCCAGAAAGUUUUCAAUUUAUUUGCCCAGAUCCACGAGGGGAAUCACUAGCUAUGGCAGCUGUAGCCUUACAAGAUAGAUUUCUUAAAUAAUAAGACUUGAAAGUUAGAAUUACUCCUUGAUCCAUGGUCUGUAGAAUGGCUAUUGCAUUAGCAGACAUGAAAACAACAUUAAUCUCAUUGUAAGUCACCAGCUGCAUUAGCCCCUAAGGAGAGUUAGCCUGUCCUUUGAUGGUUUGAAGCCAGGCAUUGAUGACUCUCUAGCUAUUAAAGUCCUAGAUGGCAUCUUCUUCCAAAAUACUGUUUCGUCUACACUGAAAAUCUGUUGUUUAGUGCAGCCACCUCCGUUAAUGAUCUUAGCUAGGUCUUCUGAGUAACUUGUUGCAGCUUUUCCAUAGGCACUUGCUGCUUCACCAUGCACUUUGAUGUUAUGGAGACGGCUUCUUUCCUUAAACCUCAUGAACCAACCUCUGCUGGCUUCACGCUUUUCUUCUGCAGCUUCCUCACCUCUCUCAGCCUUCACAGAAUUGAAGAGAGUUAGGGCCUUGCUCUGAAUUAGGCUUCGGCUUAAGGGAAUGUGGUGGCUGGUUUGAUCUUCUAUCCAGACCGCUCAAACUUUCUCCAUGUCAGCAAUAGGCUGCUUUGCUUUCUUAUCAUUCAUAUGUUCACUGGAGUAGCAUUUUUAAUUUCCUACAAGAAUUUUUCCUUUGCGCUCACAACUUGGCGGUUUGGCAAAAGCCUGUUUCAGCUUUUGACAUGCCUUCCUCACUGAGUUUAAUCAUGUCUAGCUUUUGAUUUAAAGUGAGAGACGUGUGACUCUUCCUUUCACUUGAACACUUAGAGGCCAGCAUAGGGUUAUUAAUUGGCCUAAUUUCAAUAUUGUUGUGUCUCGGGAGUAGCGAGGCCUAAAGAGAGGGAGAAAUGGGAGCAGCUGGUUGGUGGAGCAGCCGGAACAUACAACAUUUAUCGAUUGUGUUUGCUUUCUUAUAUUGGUACAGUUCAUGGUGCCCCAAAACAAUUAAAAUAGUAACAUUGAAGAUCACUGAUCACAGAUCACUAUAACAAAUACGAUAAUAAUGAAGAAGUUUGAAAUACUGCAAGAAUUACCAAAAUGUGACACAGAGAUACGUAGUGAGCAAAUGCAAUUGGGAAAAAUGGCACGGAUAGACUUGCUCAACACAGGGUUGCCACAAACCUUCAGUUUGUUUAAAAAAAAAAAUGCAGUAUCCGUGAAAUGUCUGCACCAUAUUUUGUUUAUUAUCAGUUUAUGGACAUUUGGAUUGUUUCUACUUUCUUAAAAAAUAAAUAAAUUAUUUAUUUAUUUAUUUUUGGCUGCGUUGGGUCUUCAUUGCUGCACGU